AAUGGGUUCCUGAGAGAGAGCAGCGGCAAGAGCCGCUGCUUCGCUGCGCGGGGUGGGAAGACCGCGGCGAGGCGCUGUGAAAUCAGGGAGGAGGCGGAGCUGUCGGCUGCACCUGGUGGUGGCGGCAGCAGCGCUUGCUGCUGGGUCCUUCCUUCCUUCCUUCCCGGAGUGCCUUGCCUCCUGCUGGGCUCUCCCGCCGGGAAGAAGGCUAGCCGACCUUUGCCACCGAAAGCUCGUAGUCCUGCUGGCGGCCUGGGAAGGCGGGCCCCUGCCAGGGGUGUGUGUGUGCUUGGCCCCGCUGAGGCGGCGUCAGCGAGCGACCAGACGUUCCCGGGCAGCAGCAGGAGAUGGUGCGUGCCGCUUGCCUGUCGCCCAGCAGCACUCGGGGCGUGGGCAGCAGGGCCAGCAGCACCUGCAGAAGCCGCUGCUGCUGCCGCCGCCUUGGAAAAGCGGCUGCUUAGGGCCCCUCGCAGACCCGAGGCUGCUUGAAUUAAAAGUCGGGAGAGUCAGGCACAUCUCUCAUGCUCCCGGUGAACCAUGGCAGCCGAUGAUAAGGUUGCCAUUUUAACUGACGAUGAAGAGGAGCAGAAAAGAAAAUAUGUGCUUGCUGAUCCUUUCAAUGGCAUUUCCAAGGAGCAAGACCUUCAGACCCAAAGUGAUACUCCUUCAACAGACACCACCACUACCAUUCCGGACGAGGAGCUAGACUGGCUCGAAAGACACUGUGUCAAAGUGAACAACGAUCUCCUCAUCUCAAAAGUCUUUUAUUUUUUCUUUUAUGCUGCUUAUGGUUCCCUCUACCCACUGUUGCCUGUGUAUUACAAACAGCUGGGCAUGACUCCUAGCCAGAGUGGCCUUCUGGUGGGCAUUAGGUACUUCAUUGAGUUCUGCAGUGCUCCAUUCUGGGGAGUGGUGGCAGAUCGCUUUAAGAAAGGAAAAGUUGUCCUCCUCUUUUCGCUUUUAUGUUGGGUGUUGUUCAAUUUGGGAAUUGGGUUUGUUAAACCAGCCACCUUAAGAUGUGUACCAAAGUUUCCAGUGCCAGUGCAUCCUACCAAUGCCAGCCACCUUUUAAUGACAGCCCCACCAAAUGUCUCCACUCCUUCUGCACUAACUACGGUUAGGACUUUGUCACCAAAGAGCCGAGGGAAAAGAGCCUGGAGCGGUGAUGGCCUGUCCACGUUGAGCUCUGCUUUGCCUGUGAAUCCUGAAACCACAUUCCCCCUGACUACUCAGAAUCCAAAUGGGAAUCUUCUUUUAAAGGAAGACGUUAUUGGCAGUGCUCCAGCAGUCAUUCUGGUUACCACAGGACCAUCAGGGAAUAUAACCCAGGCUACAACAUCACCUGCUGUCACCACAAAGACCGUGUUUCCCAAACAGUUUGCUCUCGUCUAUGAUCACCAGGAGGUAGAAGCUAUCUUCCUGCUCAUCCUUUUGGUUGUCAUUAUAGGAGAAUUUUUCAGUGCCUCUUCGGUUACUAUUGUGGACACUGUGACCCUCCAGUAUCUUGGCAAGCACCGGGACCGUUAUGGGCUGCAGCGUAUGUGGGGCUCUCUGGGCUGGGGUUUGGCCAUGUUAUCAGUGGGAAUUGGUAUUGACUCUACCCGUAUAGAUGUGCUUGUUGAAGGGAAAGGCUGUAAAGCUCCAGAGUACAAGAACUACAGGAUUGUGUUCAUAGUUUUUGGUGUGCUAAUGACUGUUUCCUUGAUUGUGGCAACCCAAUUCCGGUUCCAUUAUAACCACUAUAAGCAAGAUGAGAAUGAAAGCAAAGAUGUGGAUGUCUCCCAAGUGGAUAGAAACUCCUCUGCAGACUCCUCCAAUGAGACUCCCAGUGACACAAGCCAAUCACAGUCCUUUACUUUUUGGGACUUGAUAAAGAUGCUCUGCAGCAUCCAGUAUGGCUCUGUUCUGUUUGUAGCUUGGUUUAUGGGCUUUGGAUAUGGUUUUGUGUUCACUUUUCUCUACUGGCACCUGGAAGAUCUGAAUGGCACCACCACGCUUUUUGGAGUCUGUUCUGUCUUGAGUCAUAUAUCUGAACUGACAGCAUAUUUCUUUAGCCACAAAUUGAUUGAGCUGAUUGGUCACAUCAGAGUCCUGUAUAUUGGCCUUGCCUGCAACACAGCUCGUUAUAUUUACAUCUCCUAUCUGGAAAAUGCUUGGACUGUUCUGCCUAUGGAAGUACUUCAAGGCGUGACUCAUGCAGCCAUCUGGGCAGCUUGUAUUUCCUACCUGAGUGCUGCAGUGCCUCCAGAAUUAAGAACUUCAGCUCAAGGUAUCCUGCAGGGUCUUCACCUUGGCCUGGGCAGAGGAUGUGGAGCGAUGAUUGGAGGAGUGUUGGUCAAUUAUUUUGGGGCUGCUUCAACAUUCAGAGGAAUAGGAAUGGCCUGUCUUGUGAUCCUCUUGCUUUUUGCUUUGAUCCAGUGGUUGGCAGUUCCUGAUGAGGAAGAAGAAAAAACGAUGCUGGCAGAAAGGAUCCCUGUGCCUUCCAGCCCUGUGCCCAUAGCCACGAUUGAUCUUGUGCAGCAACAGACGGAUGAUAUCAUGCCUCGACCUGAGCCCAGGCUUCCUCCCAAGAAGACAAAGCACCAAGAAGAGCAGGAAGAUGUGAACAAACCUGCCUGGGGAGUCAGCUCUUCGCCAUGGGUUACUCUAGCCUAUGCUCUCUAUCAAAUCAAAGAGAUGGUACAGCUCGCCAAAAGCAACCAGGCACUUGAGAACCAGCCUUUGCAGGACGUCAACAAUAGCCAUGACUCUGCACCAGGCAGCCCUCUGAAUCCAAGGAACAGUGAGGCGUCUGGAGACUCUUCAGUAUCUACGGCAACUGUUGAAAACCACCCGAGCCCACACUGUCCUGAGCUAGACCCAGUUCCUUCUGAGAGUCAGGCUCCGCCUUCUGAGGCAGAGCACUAAUGGGACUCCAUUAUAGCCACCUUGCUGUGCUGAAGCCUGCGUUUGGUCCGAGAAAGGAUGAAACAGGAGCCCAGAAUGACUGCUCCCUUCAUCUCGGGGAUGGUAACCCGAAGCAACACAAGCUUUUAAAAUAUUUAAGGCCUUUUCUGUGACAAAAUCUGAUAGGCCUGUUGCAGGGAGGACUACGGACUGGGAAGACUUGACAGAAGAGGCUAGGUUGGAUAGUCAUGAGCAAAGCAAUUCACUAUUUCACUUUAAAAAAAACCUUUACAACCUAUAGAGAGAGGUGGUUGUGGGGGUCUAUUUCUGUGUAAACAAAACCAAGCUGAACCAGUUGGUGAACUUGAUAAAUUUGAAGUUAGUUUCUCCUUGCAAAAAUGAAAAGGUUUAGUUUCGGAAGAGGCAUGUUGUACUAUAUUUUAUAUUGCUUGAUAAAAUUGAUAUUAAUUAUUGGGGAAGGGAGAAGUCACGAUCCCCCCCCCCGCAAUAAUUUCAGAGGAAGAAUAUUGGUUUCCCAAGAGAAGUGGCAUAAGCUACUGAAACCUAUGAAAAAAUACCUAAAUGAAGGAGCAGUAAAGAAUUCUGUCUUUUGUAAAGACUUUUCAGAAACUUUGAAUAGCGUUUGGCAGGCUGGGUUUCUAGUUAACACCUGUUGAAGUCUCACUGGCCAACCAAGCUAUUCACUCUUCUGUGGCCAGGCCAUAGAGCAUUGAUAAGGGCAUUUUGGAAAGAAAAGGACUACACACACAUUCAGCCACCUACACCCCUUCAUUUAUGAGGGUCUUGUUGGGCAAGCGUAAGAUUUGUGUUGUGCUUACAGACCUUGACUGUUCUUGGUCACUUUGAGAGUGCUUACAGUUUUGUAUGGGACACAAUUGCCUCAAUGCCACAAGGAGGGAUGGAAACUGCACCCAAAGGAAGAGUCUGUGUAUAUGAAUCUUCCUAUUUUGCCUGUGCCUAUGGCUGCUGGGUUGCGGGGUAGGUGGAAGAACCACCCACAGCUGGAAACGGAACUAGUUCAGCCCAUUGAAUAGUGCCUAGCCCAGGCCAUCUUUUUUCAAGUGGUGUGGGUAGGUAGGUACUGACUCUGGCCUAUGUUCCCCCUAGCAAGAUGCGGGCAGUCUAUCAACAGCACCGAUCCUCUCGUUGGUGGAGGAGGGGGUGGGCCUUGUGCUCAGUAGCCAAUGGGUAGACCAACUGUUGCUCAGUAACUUCUUGGUCAGGGUCCAGCUGUCUUAUUUCAGGAUAAUAUAAAAUUGCUUGUUUAAUUUUAGGGAGAUUAUAAUUAUUUAUAGAGGAGUGUACAUUUAAAAGUGCCUGUGGGCUGAAGGAGAAAGUAAACGAACUGCCUAUAAAUCCUAGUGACUAAGUUGAAAAAGGAGAGUAUUGUUGAUUAUUUUAAAAAAUAGAUUAAGAGAGAACUGUCAUGUAAUGAAAAAUUGACACUUUAUGUUUAGGGAGUUGUUUUACACUUAUGUUGUUUGUCAGACACUGGCACAUUCAGAGCUUGUCUCUUCCUGUUUUCCAGGGUUUGUUGAACCCAGCUCUCAUACGUGCUUGUGAAUUACAGCUGAAAGGGGAGAUGUUAGAUUCAAAGCUAAAGUCCUUGGCACAGAGGGUGUCAAAUGUUUGGUGGAAAUUUGGCUAAUCUCUUAUAAGGAGAGAGAUCGAUCUGCACACCUCUAUUUUGAUGGGAGACUGUAUAAGAACCCAAUCCCUCCGACUGCCACCACUUUUGUUGUUACCUGGCAGCUGUCAGGCUUGGCCUCAGUCUUGCAUGAGGGAGGCAAGUGCCCCAUCCCCGCCAUCACUAGAACUGGCUAGUGGGAGGAACUCCCCAUCUUAUUCCCUUCAGUUGAGACAAGCUGUAGCAACUGCAGGGUCUUGGUCCUUGGGAAAAGACCCAGUGGAAGUGCAUGUGUUGCACAACUUUGAGUAAGAGGUCAGGUUUGCAGAUCGCUUCCUAGCCAAGCUGCACACCGCCUUAUUUGAUUUAAUCACAGAGCAUGUGAGAGCAGGUUAGCCCAAGGCCGGCUUUGAGGAACACAGUACUGGAAAGUGUGGACCUGUCAUGGAGCAGUGAGGGUGUCCUUGCUGUCUAAGCCUUAAGGAAGGGUCCAGGGACUGAAGCAGAAUCUGUACAUGGAGACCUGGGACCAAACACGAGAGUAGGCACUAGCUAUUUUUUUUUUUUGCACUUCAACUUAAAUGUACUGUACUGUAAAUUUCUCAUGACUUGUUAAGUGUCCUUUUGGAAAUCAGAAAUGUAUUUAUUGUCUGUCUGUAUCUGUGAGUGGGGGGUGGGUGUAGGAAAUAAAGAACCAAGCGCGUGGCAGGCUGGAAAGGGUUAUUUAAAAAAGGAGGGGGGGGCCCUCUUCUCUUCCUCAGCUAAAUUGUAUAGUUCACUUGGUAGAAGCUGAGGAACACUUAAUAUGCAGCACCCAGAUUGUGAGGCAUUAAGCUUACACAUUAUGUUUACACUUCUGAAUUCUCUUUUGAAUCUGUACCUUCAUUAGAUGUGGGGUAGUGCAACUGUACAUGGGUUUUCUUAUUUGUGAAAUGGUUGAAAUGUAGUGAGAGAAAUAAAAAGUUUCACUGUA